AUGCACGCGCAGUUUGUCCACAGCGUUGAUCUCGACGUCGAGAGAUUCAAAUUUCGCGCAGUUCAUCCGUUUGCCACCGUCUACUUGCACUACAGCUUCUCUUGGUGAACUUCAAGCGUUUUUGAGCUUGAAAAAAAGCUAAUAUUUUUUUAUUAGGGAAAAAUAUCGGAAGAAUAAAGCGGUUAUAUGAAAUACAAAAAAAUAAAAAGAACAAAUUGAAUAAUCUUCCGAAUCAAGCUUUUUUUAUGAAAAAUAUCCCUUCUCGCCUACUGUAAAAAAAUUUCUUCUUACUUCCGGGUACCUGUCAACUCGUUGGGGUUGACUCCUUCCCGCGUAUUGUUAUUCUCCUGCCCGUCAUAUGUUGAUCACUUAUAAUUUUUUUCUAUACUACCCAAUGUUUUUUUUAUGGCAGUGAAUAAACUAUUAUUAUUAUUGAAGUACAAACUUUACAGCUUUUUUGGAUAUUUGAAAAUGAUAUAAUAAUAAAUGAAGUUCUCACUCUUCUUCCUAAAAAGUUCUCACAAAAAGCGCAUUUAUCAAAACGUACUUUUUGCUUUCACUACUAUCCAACUUAAGAAUUCCAAAGUGGUUCCUCUAGGGGCAACCUUAGAGGUCCUUCUAGGGGCCAUUUUACCAACCCCUAUAGGGGCCACUAAAGCUUGCAAAAGUGGCCCCUAUAGGGGGCAUGCUAGUCGAUACUUGUUAUGAACUCUAAGCGAAGAAGCAUUUCCAUGCGAAAAAUUGAAUAAAUGAGGUUUUUUGAAUAAAAUUGGAAAACCCCUAUAAGGACCACUUAAACUUUAGGGGCUCGGGGUCACAUCCUAAACCCCUAUAGGGUCCACCUUGAUUUUACCUCUAUAGGAAUCACUUUUCCGGUCCCUAUAGGGGCUGUUUUCCCCCUAAAACCCUAUAGGUACCUCCUUAAAAUCCCGAAAAAUGCCGAGGAGUCAAAAAAAAUUUUUAACGGAAUCAGAGUUUUCAGGAAUUUGGAGUUCAUGAAACGGACAAUGAAACAUGGACAAAUGGUAACCAAAUCGGAAAAGAAAGCCCUAAAAGUAAUUCAGCUUUCCAUCAGCUUGAGACCUUCGACGCGAGCUGUUACUCCACGACUGCCAAUGUCGGCGACGGCCGUCUUUCAUUUGCGAGUUCUGAACGAGGACAGAACACGUAGUUCUGCUUCCGCUGUCUUUCACCUUUCUUUUAAGUGUUCUCUUCUAUGCGCUCUGCCGUCCUCCGUUUCGAGUUCUCCUCCGAAUCAGAGUUCUACGGCUUCCGCGCCGACGGAGACGCCAAGUUUGUCGCCUUUGUCUCCAGCGCUCUUCUUUCGAAUUACCGCAAAAGUACUGUAAGUUCCUGAUUAGGGGUCAAUUCACAGGGGGACUUUUGGAAGCUAGGUCAUUGGUAACGCGGAACGGACGUUUCUGAGCAGUUCUAGGAGCCACUUAAGAGUGCUUAUGAUACUGAAGUAAUCCCUAGAAAUGCUCAGAAACGUCCGGAGCGUUUCGCGUGUCCGAGAAUCGUUUCAGUAGAUAAAUUUUUCAAACAAUGUUUUCUGUUCAAAAUUUGUUAAGAAGGUCUGUAAGAGAAAAAUUAUAUGGAACCGGUCGGAAAUGAGAAGAUCGAAAGAAAGGUUCUACCUGAAAAAAUGGAAGUUCGAUUCGGAAAAAAUAUACACCCGAUUCGGAAAAGUAUCGAUUCGGGUUUCGAUUCGGAAAAUCCCGGUUCGGAAAAGUAUCGGCCUUUUUUUGUGCUCAGACUGGAAAUCAGAACAAAAACAAGAUUUUUUAUAACCCCUCUGUAAACUGCGACCAUUCCCUGGGAUCGAUACGGAUUCUGUCGUUAUUGAAUACGUAGGCUUAAGGAUACACGUUCGAGUUUGUGUGCUCCGUGAAGAUGCUGGUCAGCGAGUUCGGCGUCGUUGAAACGGCCGCCUCGCAACCUUCUGUCUGCCAGACUUCAGUCAAAAACUUCGUGGCAAAGGCGUAUGCUCGUUCCUUUCAACCUUUCAGUCCCAUUUCGAGACUACAGAGAGAAUAAUUUGGUCUUGCAAUGCAUUGACGGCAAGCUUUUGUCCAACCGCGAGCUACUUUUCGUGGCGUCCGUCUUCUUUCGGAACCUUUUCCUUUCCCGACCUCAACGUGAAGUUGUCUUCUUACACUUCAAUGUAGCUUCCGUCGAGUUGGUUGAGUUUUGAAGAAAUAUUUUCAGAAUAAUUUGUUCUCUUUCGCAUUCUUUAGGCCCUGAGCUUCUUGUUAUACGGCUAUCUGCCCCUUCAAACGGAUCUCUCACCAAAUAUUGCGAACCAAAUCGUGAUUCUGAGCAAGCAGUGAGAAAGAAUAGUUUGUAUACUCUGAAAUAUUUCGUUUUAGGUUUGAAUGUGUCAAUUUUCCUCAGCUUGCGAGUUUGAUACAAGAUCACGGAUGUAAGCAAGCCUCUCGGGUACUCAAAUCUGCUUAGUGAAUUGAAAAUGAAAAACUCCAUACUUUACAAAAAAAAACCCUUUCUCUAAAACUGUAGUGAGCUUUGUUUUGUUCCAGUUUGAAGCUGUGCCUGAACCAAAUUUUAGAAUUCCAGAGUUGUCCCUAUAGAGGCUAGGGGGGAAAAACUCCUAUAGGGGUUGAAAAAGUGACCCCUUAAGGAGUAAAAUUAAAGCGGUCCCUAUAGGGACCACUUUUCAAGCUUUAGUGGCCCCUACAGGGGUUGGUGAAGUGGUCCGCAGAGGGGAAUAGCCCCUAAGGUUGCCCCUAUAGGGACCCCUCUGCAGUUCAUAAGAUCUUCCUGUAGAUCCCUAUAGGGACCCCUCCGCAGUUCCCAAGAGCUUCCUAAAGAUCCCUCUAGGGACCCCUCUGCAGUUCCUAAGAUCACAGAUGGUUUUCAAAAAAGCAGUACUCGAUUCACUAGAAUCACUCAUCAAUUCAUUUUUUUCGUUCUGGUUGACUAUUUAGGAGGUUUCUCGGGAUUCCAGGACGCACCAGAAAACGAUCUCCAUACGGCGGUCGAGUGGCUACUCCUGAGCGCAGAACAGCAGCUCCACGAACUCUGGCUGGUGACGUCAGCGAAGCUGGUCACCGUCUUCUGGGACGACUACCUUGCCGACUACGCUGACAAAAUGGUUUUUGUCGGCAUCUGUCAGUAUAACCAGAGCCUCAGACUGCGGCUUCCCACGGGCACGUCGAGCUCUUCGGUCGUCUUCACGAAAGUGUCUACUCACCUCACGUCUGUUUUUUUUCUAUCUGACUUUCGGAAAAAGGCGUUGAACAAGAACUUGUUGAACUCGCCAGCUCUUUCAGCUGUUUUCUAG